CAGGAGGGGUUCCAAUUGUCACCCAGUUUGUAAACUUUCAUUGUAUCUGGUCUUGAACAUGUUGGGGGUACAGAUGGUCCUCUACAAAUGUUUUUACAGGCACCAGCUCCUGCUUCCAGCACGCUGAUUGGCUGGUCAGCUUGGAUUCCAAAUCUGAAGUCGGUCCCGUCUGUCAGAUGGUGUUUCUUCCCACCAUUGACAUCAGUAGUGUUGGGGAGUUUCAGCUGUCACUGGUUCCCUUUCUUCCUUGGUUGUAGUUCACACCCACAGGGAUGGUGACCUGUCUCCGGAUCAGCAGAGACAUUGGCAAAACAUUAAGAAAUCUUACAUAUUCCAGGAUACACUAAAGAGUCGAGAUUGUGGAGUUUGAUGGCUUCUCUGAGAAGAGUUAAAAUCUUGCUGGUGUUGAACUUGAUUGCUGUUGCUGGAUUUGUGCUGUUUCUGGCCAAGUGUAGACCAAUUACUGUGAAAGGUGGGGAGACCUUCCAUGAGGUCCAUCCAAGGGCGGAGGUGACCAACCUGACAAGCCAUGGGGUCAGCCCUAUUCAAGAGGCAGUUCUGAAAAGACUUUCCCUUUUAGAGGAUAUAGUCUACAGACAACUCAAUGGUUUGUCUAAGUCACUUGGGCUUAUUGAAGGCUAUGGCGGCCGAGGAAAAGGUGGUCUUCCAGCUACACUUACCCCUGAAGAAGGAGAGAAAGCCAAAGGACCACAUGAAAAAUAUGGCUAUAAUUCUUACCUCAGUGAGAAAAUAUCAUUGGAUCGGUCUAUACCGGACUACAGACCCACUAAGUGCAAGAAAUUAAAAUACCCCAAAGAACUUCCUCAGAUAUCAAUCAUUUUCAUAUUUGUCAAUGAAGCUCUAUCAGUGAUUCUACGAUCAGUACACAGUGCAGUAAAUCACACACCUGUCCAUCUCCUAAAGGAAAUUAUCUUAGUGGAUGACAACAGCGAUGAAGAGGAGCUAAAAGGACCCUUAGAAGAAUAUGUUCACAAGCGAUAUCCUGGGCUAGUUAAAGUUGUACGUAACCAUAAAAGAGAAGGUUUGAUCCGAGCUCGAAUAGAGGGUUGGAAAGUUGCAACAGGACAAAUCACUGGAUUUUUUGAUGCGCAUGUGGAAUUUACUGCAGGCUGGGCUGAGCCAGUUCUGUCCCGGAUACAAGAAAACAGAAAAAGAGUCAUACUGCCAUCCAUAGACAAUAUUAAACAAGACACUUUUGAAGUUCAACGUUAUGAAAAUUCUGCACAUGGAUACAGUUGGGAACUUUGGUGCAUGUACAUAAGUCCUCCUAAAGACUGGUGGGAUGCGGGGGAUCCAUCUUUACCAAUAAGAACACCUGCAAUGAUUGGCUGUUCCUUCGUUGUCAACAGACAAUUUUUUGGAGAAAUUGGCUUACUAGAUCCUGGAAUGGAUGUGUAUGGAGGAGAGAACAUUGAACUCGGUAUAAAGGUGUGGUUAUGCGGGGGCAGCAUGGAAGUUCUUCCUUGUUCAAGAGUUGCCCAUAUAGAGCGCAAAAGGAAACCUUACAACAAUAAUAUUGAUUUCUACACAAAGAGAAAUGCAUUACGGGUAGCUGAAGUCUGGAUGGAUGAUUACAAAUCUCAUGUAUAUAUUGCAUGGAAUUUGCCUUUAGAGAACCCAGGGAUUGACAUUGGUGAUAUAUCAGAAAGAAUUGCCUUAAGGAAAAGCUUGAAAUGCAAGAACUUCCAGUGGUACUUGGAUAAUGUUUAUCCAGAAAUGAGACGAUACAAUAAUACAGUUGCUUAUGGAGAGCUACGGAAUAAUAAAGCUAAGGAUGUUUGUCUAGACCAAGGCCCACAGGAGAAUCAUACAGCUAUAAUGUACCCAUGUCACGGAUGGGGCCCCCAGCUUGCAAGAUACACAAAAGAAGGAUAUCUUCAUCUUGGAACUCUGGGGAGCACAAUUCUCUUACCCGAUACACGCUGUUUAGUAGAUAACAAGAAAAGUAAAUUCCCUCAGCUUAUGGACUGUGAUAAGGUGAAAAGCACACUCCACAAGCGCUGGAGUUUUAUACAGAACGGAGCAAUAAUGAAUAAAGGCACAGGACGUUGUCUAGAGGUUGAAAGCAGAGGUAAUGGAGGCAUUGACUUAAUUCUUCGAAGCUGCACAGGACAAAGGUGGACAAUUAAAAACUUCAUUAAAUAGGAAGAAUGUCCUAAUGUUAUUUGGAAACAUUGGAUACAGACUUCAGCUUUCAAUAUUGGAUAUUUCUACGGAUUUAACUAGGAAACAAAACCUGGAGGGAAAAAGUAAUGUAUUCUUCUACUUUGGAGCGGGUCAGAACUUCUUUCAAGAUUUAAUUUAACAGGAGCCACUGAAAAUAAUUUAAAUGGGCCAGUACUAAAUCAUCCAUCCUGCAUGCUUGGUGGUUAGUUUAAUGAAACAAAAGAUUGCCAGGCCUUAUUUUAUUAAAACACAUUGAAAUAGCAGCACAAAGGUUAAACAUGUUUUUCUCUUCUGUUCUUGUGAAAGUCCUGUUUAUCAUGAAUCAUGACCUUGUAUGUAAAAAAUAUAUUACCAUUUAUGGGAGUCAUAAGUCUUAACUAGAGAUAGUGACACCAAAUUGUUGCCAAAGUAAUAUACAGGUAGUCUGUUUAAUCACAAGUGCAAUACUUGCCUGCAACUUGUUUUGUGGAAAUUGGCCAUUUACUAUUAUAGGCACAAUGCACAAAAUAUAACAAUAUAAAUUCUACGUUUACAGAUUUUUUGUUGUUGUUAACUAUGUGUCAGCAGACUACUGUUACUUAUCAAAUGAAACAGUAAGCAAGCUUGAUCACUUUGUUCCCUUAAUAAAAUUGUUUAGUUGUGGAACCAGUUAUUGUGC